AUGCCUAUCCAAACAUUAUCCAAGGCCGCCAGAAUCAUACUGGUCGGCGCGCCUGGAGUCGGCAAGGGCACCCAGACCGAGCGCUUGAUGAACAAAUUCACUGAGCUCUCGGCCAUCAGCUCCGGCGACCUGCUGAGGAAAAAUGUUCGGGAGCGGACCCCCCUUGGCAUACAAGCCGAACACACAAUGAAAUCUGGCAAAUUAGUACCCGACGCCAUGAUCUUGCGCCUUAUCGUCAACGAGCUCACGACCCGCGGGUGGAUACGAGACAAUGCCCUGCGCCCAUAUGCGCUCAACUUUAGCUCCACAGAUAUGCCAGAGACUACAGUAGAUGCAGUCAUGAUUCCCUCGGCGGUACGGGCUCCGCGAUACACCUUCUCCAACAGGCCAUCCGCCUCCUUCAUACUCGACGGCUUUCCAAGAACCGCUGUUCAGGCGAUACAGCUCGACAACAUCGUGCCCAUCAACAUGGUGGUCAACCUCAACACUCCGAGUGAUAUCAUCAUUGAUCGCAUAUGUAACCGCUGGGUACACGAGGCCUCGGGACGUGUCUACAACACUACAUUCAAUGCGCCCAAGGUUGACGGUAAGGAUGAUAUCACGGGUGAGCCACUCACCCGGAGGGCGGACGACGACCCAGAGGUGUGGAAGGCGCGGUUGAAGAGUUUUAAAGAGAACAACGAGCCUCUGCUUGAGCAUUAUGACAAGCUGGGUGUGCUCUGGACGGUCAAUGGGAACAGCAGCGACGAGAUUACUCCACAGCUUUUUGAGGAGUUCGGCAAGCGCUUCGGCGCUGAUGACUGA